GGACAACCCUGCUACCUCACCGCACCUCUCGUCAACGCAGCACGCCUGAAUGCCGACCAAGACGUCGCCCGCCUCGCUCCGUGCCAGGCAAUCCUGCAGCACACGGCGUGUGGUCUGAACCCACGGUGGCAGCUGCCGUGCUUCGGGCCACUCCUCCGUGCUGUUCUCGGACGGCACGCCCCACCUGAGGACAGACUUUUUCGGACCUUUGCGGGGGCAUUCAUGAUCGUGCGCUCCGCAGCGAUUACGCGCCUGCCGCUCGACGUCUAUUGGUACUUACUGGCGGAGCACUUUGGCGCCGGUUGUGCCCUGCGCGUGCCGUGGGCGAUGGAGCGGCUUUGGCGACACCUCUUCAUGUGCCGUGAAUGCACACCGCACCAGAAGCUCGAGCUGCCUGUCUUGCGGGACCGGCGAUGCCGCGGGGUCAAUGGCUCCCGCGCGGCGCGGACCGGCCCGCCCGACUAUGUGGCCUUCCCGCCGGAGCCACUUGCGGGGUUCGCCUGGGCUAUCUAACCCGAACCCGAACCCGAACCCGAACCCGAGCCCGAUUCCGAGCCCGAUUCCGAGUCCGGAGCUGCGCUGCACGCUGGGGGACGAGUACGAGAUGAUCGCCUCGAGCGGCGGCGAGAACAGCUGCAUCACCUUCGAGCAGUUCAAGGCGAUGAUGCUCAAGGACAUGAAGGCUUUCUCCUUGACGAACCGGAAUCGGGUCUCGAC